ACAGCCGGGAAGGCAGGGUCCUUCUUUUGAGCGGUCGCGCAGGCAGCGGCUGCGGGAAGCCGGAGAGCGGGCAACAUGUACUACAAGUUCAGUGGUUUCACGCAGAAGUUGGCGGGAGCGUGGGCUUCCGAGGCCUAUAGCCCGCAGGGAUUAAAGCCUGUAGUUUCCACAGAAGCACCGCCUAUCAUAUUUGCCACACCAACUAAACUGACUUCUGAUUCUGCUCCAUAUGAUUAUGCUGGGAGAAACAAAGUUCCAGAGCUGCAGAGGCUGUUCCAGAAAUCCGAUGGUGUACCCAUACACCUGAAACGGGGCCUGCCUGACCAAAUGCUGUACCGGACCACCAUGGCGCUGACAGUGGGAGGGACCAUCUACUGCCUGAUCGCGCUCUACAUGGCAUCACAGCCCAGAAACAAAUGAGUUAGGCUGCAGAGGACUGGUUUGCUUUUUGGCAUAAACCCUUGGAAUUUUCAUUUUUCA